ACGGAGUGGAUUUCAGACAGGCAUCGCGGUGAGACCCACAGUGCAUCUGCCCACAGAGACUGUAUAAGCAGUGAAAACCCUACAUAUCAGCGAUCUACUCAGUCUCCUUCUCCCAUCCACCCUCCCUUCUUCUGCGGCAAGUGCAUCCAAACGUGCUCUAAACAAAUUUUGUCGAUUCAGCUCGUGGGUGUGUUCAGUGCAGGGAGACUUAGAUACUUCAAAGGCAUGGAAAAAGGUGUGGCUGAAUCUGCACCAUCCUCGAAGAAAUCUAAUGCCAACUCCAAAAAUGCUAAGAAGAAGGAAGUGAAGAAAGAGACAGGUUUAGGUCUUUCUAAUAAGAAAGAUGAGAAUUUCGGGGAGUGGUAUUCCGAGGUGGUUGUCAGCGGUGAAAUGAUUGAAUACUAUGAUAUCUCUGGUUGUUACAUCUUAAGGCCAUGGACAAUGUCAAUCUGGGAAACAAUGCAAGCCUUCUUUGAUGCAGAGAUAAAGAAGAUGAAAAUCAAGAAUUGUUAUUUUCCUCUAUUUGUGUCUCCUGGUGUUCUACAACGAGAGAAGGAUCACAUAGAGGGUUUUGCUCCAGAGGUUGCUUGGGUUACGAAAUCUGGAGAUACUGAUUUGGAUGUCCAUAUCGCCAUCCGUCCCACAAGUGAAACGGUGAUGUAUCCCUAUUAUUCCAAGUGGAUAAGGGGGCACCGUGACUUGCCUUUGAAACUUAACCAGUGGUGCAAUGUUGUUCGGUGGGAAUUCAGCCAUCCUACUCCUUUUAUACGGAGUCGUGAGUUCCUUUGGCAAGAAGGGCACACAGCUUUUGCGACAAAGGAGGAAGCAGAUGAGGAGGUUCUUCAAAUAUUGGAACUGUAUCGAAGGAUAUAUGAAGAAUUUCUUGCAAUUCCAGUUGUAAAGGGGAAGAAAAGCGAACUAGAGAAGUUUGCUGGUGGGCUUUACACGACAAGUGUUGAGGCUUUUAUUCCAAAUACCGGUCGUGGGAUACAAGGUGCUACCUCACAUUGUCUCGGUCAAAAUUUUGCAAAGAUGUUUGAGAUAAACUUUGAGAAUGAGAAGGGAGAAAAGGGUAUGGUUUGGCAGAAUUCUUGGGCAUACAGUACUCGCACGAUUGGGGUGAUGGUGAUGGUUCAUGGAGAUGACAAAGGCUUGGUGAUGCCACCAAAAGUAUCAUCCAUCCAGGUGAUUGUGAUUCCUGUGCCUUUCAAGGAUGCUGACACGAAGGGCAUCUUUGAUGCAUGUUCUGAAACCGUGAAGACAUUGAGCGAAGCUGGUUUCCGAGUUGAGGACGACUUAAGAGAAAACUAUUCACCCGGUUGGAAGUAUUCGCAUUGGGAAAUGAAAGGUGUUCCUCUGAGGAUUGAAAUCGGACCAAAAGACUUAGCUAAUAAGCAGGUACGUGUUGUUCGACGUGACAAUUCCGCUAAAGUGGAUAUACCUGUGAGCAAUUUGGUCGAGCAGGUAAAAGAAAUAUUGUCCAAAAUCCAAGAUAGCUUGUUUGAAGCAGCGAAGGAGAAAAGAGAUAAAUGCAUUGAGAAAGUAAAGACAUGGGAUGAAUUUAUGACAGCUCUCAGUGAUAAAAAGAUGAUCCUGGCUCCUUGGUGUGAUGAGGAGGAAGUUGAAAAAGAUGUAAAAGCACGGACCAAGGGUGAAGCUGGAGCAGCAAAGACACUCUGUACUCCGUUUGAUCAGCCAGAACUCCCAGAAGGAACUCUGUGCUUUGCCUCCGGAAAGCCUGCAAAGAAAUGGACGUAUUGGGGUCGAAGCUACUGACCUCCUUUUUGUUGUAGGUUUAUUUGAUGUUGAGGUAUUUAUACGGGCACAUGGGCCCCUUUUAUUUGUUUGGAGUAGCCUAUUUAGGGAAGGGAAGGGUUUUAAUUGUGACAUUGGAUUAUUAGAAACGCCAAACACUUUUUUAAGUUAUCAUGUUCGGUUUUGAAGAAGGUGACGCCAUUGAUGUUUAAGGCCACGUUUGGUUGCAACAAAUAUCAUGAAUUGUUGCAACCAAACGCAGCCUAAUAUAUAGAUAUUAUACUAUUCAUGAAUCUGAGUGAAAUAAUUUUGAUUUUGUUGGCUUGAA